AUGGCGGAUGCUAGGAUCAAACCAGAACCUUCGCUCCAAAAUGUCCAAGAUGACAUCGAAAUGUACCAAGUGCUUCUUAAGAGCUUGUACGACUCCGCCGAUCCCGACGAAACACUGAAAGCAGAAUAUGAAGAGAGGCUAGCAAAUCUGCAGGAAGAACUUGAGAAAUUACAACCUAUGCCAAAGUGGGAUGCCAUGUCUUCCGAUACAAGUAGCCAGCAGGGUGAAACCGACGCAAUGAGUCAGUCGACUGCAUAUAUCAAAGAUGAUCUCUCAAGCACAACAUCCGAUCACAACCCAGAUGAUCCUCAAGUGAAGCACGAAUCAUUUCAGAACCCAGGUACUGAAAGUGCAUACGUCAGAAGGGAAACUGGCAGGAAUUAUGGGCUUGCGGGAGAUAUCGUGUCAGGGUCACCAUUCAAUCGUUCUCAGCCAAACCCUACGCUACCAAAUCGCAAACGUCCAUAUUCGGGAGAAUAUAACUAUCCAUACUCAAAAUCGAUGCGAGCUUCACCUAGCCCGGCCGUGUCGGCAGCCUCAACUCCCCAUUCCACAGGAUCAGAGUUUGAUGAUAUGAUGAGCAACCUACUAGGUGCAGAAGUCAAGCAAGAAUACAGAGACUAUGAAAGAGAACAACAAGAAUGGGAUGCCCGUCAAGAGCAGGAGAGGCGUGAUGCAGAAUUAGCUCGCUCCAUUCAGGAGUCUUGGAAUUCUCCCAUUGUCUACUCAAAACCUCAAACGAUGUCUACGUUCCAAACCUCAUUGGGAUCCAGUAGUGGCUCGAUGCUGAUGAUGCCUCCUCCAUCCGUACCUAAACUCAAGGCAGAAACCUCGACACCGAACACCCACAACAGUAUGACGAACGAGCAGAUUCCCUACAUGCCGGGCUCCUUUCAUGACACGAUCUCCCAUUACGGCGAAGACAGUAGCAGUAGCAGUGAUCUUGAAGAGAUUCCACCAAGCUCAUUUGUGCCCCGGGUGAAGCCUGAGCUAACAUCCUCUUCAUAUUAUCAACCUUGGAACGACUCUCAAAGCAUGUUCAUUCCUCAGUCUCCUGGUGCUAACGUCUACAAUGCUUGGCCUGGCUCUGAGGCCUCUGCUGGUCAUGGCGUGUACCAAGGAUUUGGAGGUUUGCAGAAAUUAACUGGAGGUACCAGUUAUAACGACCUCCUGGGCGCAACUUCAAGUUACGUGUCUUCCAUCUAUAAAAACACAGAGGACAGUUUAUCAGGUGGAUACAGUGGCACCUCAAAGGUCCUUGACCCUGUCUACAACGAUCCGACCAAGACGCAUGAAGAGCUAAAAAGCCUACUAGCCAACAUCAGACCUGACGAAGAGGUUCACCCCGCAAAUCGUGAAGGAACGCCGGAAGCGAUGAAAUGCACGUUGAUGGAGCAUCAAAAGCUGGGAUUGACUUGGAUGAAGAACAUGGAAGAAGCAUCAACGAACGGUGGCAUUCUUGCAGAUGACAUGGGCCUCGGAAAGACAGUCCAGGCAUUGGCAUUGAUUGUCUCUAGGAAGUCAGAAAAUCCCGCCUGCAAGUCGACCUUGAUCGUGGCACCUGUUGCACUUAUGGGUCAAUGGGCUCGAGAAAUUUCGAAAUUGUUAAAGCGUGGCAAGCACUCCUUGACCGUAGAGACCCUCCAUGCAAACACAAGAGAUCUACAAUGGGCAAAGCUGCGGGAAAAAGAUGUGGUCCUCACCACAUAUGGAACCCUAGCCUCAGAGAUUAAACGAAAACACGCCUGGGAAGAAAAAUUGAAACGAGUCCCAAAUGCGAAACCUUCUGGCCGGGGUGAGCAUAUUCCCUUGCUUGGGGAGAAGUCAAAAUGGUACAGAGUUAUUCUUGACGAAGCGCAAUGGAUCAAGAACAAGGCCACCAAGGCAGCGAUCGCUGCUUGCUAUCUUCAAGCUGAGUAUCGGUGGUGCUUGACCGGCACUCCGAUGCAGAAUUCUGUUGACGAGCUUUACAGCCUCAUUCGAUUUUUGAGAAUCGCUCCGUACAACUCGUUCGAGAAGUUCAACCGAGACUUUUCUCGGCCUCUCAAGGCCAAAUCGUCCUACGCGGAGUCCAAGGAGAAUGCAAUGCAGCAGCUUCAAGCGCUGUGUAAAGCCAUAAUGCUGCGGAGAACUAAAAAUUCUAAGAUCGACGGUCAGCCGAUCCUCCAGCUCCCGGAAAAGACCAUCGAACAACAGCAAGCUGUCUUCAGCAAGGACGAGCAAGAAUUUUACCAAGCACUUGAGAGCAAGGCCAAGAUCACAUUCAACAAGUAUCUCAAAGCCGGUACAGUGGGACGGAAUUACUCUAACGCCCUGGUACUUUUGCUUCGACUGCGCCAAGCUUGCUGUCAUCCUCACCUGAUCAAGGAUUUGGAGAUGGAAACAGGUGCCGGUCCGGACAACAUCGACAAGUUGGCGAAUGCGGAAACGUUACCUGCUGAUGUAGUGGAACGCAUCAAGCAGGUCGAAGCAUUUGAAUGCCCCAUAUGCUUUGACGCAGCGAUCAAUUCCCUCAUCUUCAAUCCAUGCGGUCAUCCUAGUUGCAAUGAGUGCUUUGACAGACUGGCUACUCAGGCGCAUGCCAACUCAGACAAUGAAAAUGGCUCUAAUAUACUUUGUCCUAGCUGCAGAGGCAAAGUGGACCCAUCCAAGCUGACCGAUAUGAAGUCUUUCAAAAAGGCAUUUGGUCCGGAUUUGGUAGGUGAAGGGGACGACGAAGAAGUCCAUGAGCGUCAGACCGAGGAUGGAGAGGAUGAUGUCGAAAGCGACACCUUUUCUGAUAGCGACGAAAGCGACGACGAUAUUGAUGACGAUGGCGACCUUGCAGGCUUCGUGGUUCCUGAUGAUGAGAUCGAAUUUGAUAGUGGUGGGGAAAACGACAGCAAAGAGAACGGUAAAGGUAAGAACUCCUUCGGACAACUACCGACCAAGGAACAUGAAACGGAAGGGCCAUGUUCUGGUAAACAAGGACCGCGACAACGCAAGCGCAAAGGGAAGGGCAAAGCAUCACCCACCAAGCAUCUGUCGUUGGCACAGCUGCGCAUAGAAGGUCUCAAAAACAAGGCAGCCAAGAAGAGGUAUCUAAGAAGGCUGGAGAAGAACUUUCAGACAUCUGCAAAGAUUGAAAAGGCUGUUGAGCUGCUUGAUGCGAUCGGAGGCCGGGGCACAAACGAGAAGACCAUCGUCUUUUCGCAAUUCACAAGCUUGCUAGAUCUGCUUGAGGUGCCAUUGUCCCGAAAGGAUAUACAAUACAAACGUUAUGACGGCAGUAUGAAGCGAAAUGAUAGAGAGGAGGCAGUCAUGGCAUUCACGGAUGACCCUCGCUACACGGUCAUGCUUGUUUCAUUGAAAGCUGGCAACUCCGGUCUCAAUCUGACCGCCGCUUCCCAGGUCAUCAUCUUUGACCCUCAUUGGAAUUGGUAUACCGAGGCUCAAGCUAUCGAUCGCGCCUAUCGAAUCGGUCAAAUGCGAUCCGUCCAGGUUCACCGCCUGCUCGUCCCGGACACGGUCGAAGACCGCAUUCUCGCCUUACAAGAAAAGAAGAAAGAGCUAAUCGAAACCGCGCUGGACGAAAAUGCAGCCAGGAACGUGAGCAGGUUAGGAGUAAGGGAAUUAGGUUACCUUUUCGGCGUCAACUCUUUGUAA